CCAGCAAUGGCUUUAUUCCCAGUGGUGGUGUUUCUGGCUGCUGUGCUGCUUCCAUCUUUACCUGCAGAAGGAAAGGAUCCAGUCCUUUCUGCUUUGUUAACCACUCAAACACAAAUACAAAAGGAGAUUGUAAAUAAACACAAUGAACUAAGGAAAUCAGUCUCUCCACCUGCCAGCAACAUGCUAAAGAUGGAAUGGAGCGCAGAAGCAACAACAAAUGCUCAAAAGUGGGCAAACAAGUGCACUUUAGAACACAGUAAUGCACAGGACCGAAAAACCAGUACAAAGUGUGGUGAGAAUCUCUAUAUGUCAAGUGGCCCUACUGCCUGGUCAGAUGCAAUCCAAAACUGGUACGAUGAGAGCCAAAAUUUUGUCUAUGGUGUAGGACCAAAGAGUUCCAGUGCAGUUGUUGGACAUUAUACCCAGGUUGUUUGGUACUCAUCUUACCGUGUUGGAUGUGGAGUUGCCUAUUGUCCCAAACAAGACAGUCUAAAAUACUACUAUGUUUGCCACUAUUGUCCUGCUGGUAAUAAUGUGAAUAAAAAGAACACCCCUUACCAACAAGGAACACCCUGUGCCAGUUGCCCUGGUAACUGUAACAAUGGACUAUGCACCAAUAGUUGUGAAUAUGAAGAUCUCCUUAGUAACUGUGAUUCUUUGAAGAAAACAGCUGGCUGUGAACAUGAAUUGCUCAAGGAAAAAUGCAAGGCUACUUGCCAGUGUGAAAACAAAAUUUACUGAAAUACUCAACGUAGAGUGUUCAAGACUAAGUGGAGAAAGGCUGCAUCAUUUAAUGGACACAUCCCAGAGGGGAAACUCUAGGCAUGUUAGUUAUAAUUUUUAUU